AUGUUUGGUGGCGGAAAGAGGGAUUAUUCCGAUACCUACGAGCGCUUGAUUCCGGACAUCUUUAUGCGGCUCUACCCCACAUUCACGCUCGCCGAGGAGGUCGUCUCUAGACUGAUCCAACGCUUCCUGGCAUUCGCUCCAAUCGAACCUGGGGGUCUUGGACGCGUCGGUGAAGGUGCUGACUUGGACGACCCCAACGUUGUCUGGGGCGAGGCUCUGAACGCGCUGCAGUUCCUUGUUAAAUUACUUAGCCGAUCGAAACGGAUUUCUGUUAAUUCAAAACUGGGAAUUAAAAUUCUCCGACUUGGUGAACUGCUUAAAUUGGACGCUAGGACCUUCACCAACCAAUCUGACGUCCCACACACACCUGGACUCGAUGCUGGGAGUGGUUCUAGCAGUCAGGAGGGCUCGCCAACAAAACCACCUCAUGAAAGUGCCAUUUCCAAGGAGCUGGACCACAUCUCCGACUGUCUGCUGGAGCUGGUGCCAAAAAUCUACAGUGACCAAUCGGAUUUGGCGGAGGCGGUCAUUAGGCCUCUCGCGAGUGUCACGGUGGAAAAUGGAAUGAACCCUCAAACGUGUACUUGCCUCCAAAAAUUAGAAAAAUUUAGAAGGUUUAACAUCAGAGAAUUGGCCGAACAAAUAACGAUAAUUGAGGAGAUGUUUUUCGAUUCUAUUCAGCUCAGCGAACUCAUCAAGAUAAAGGACCUGGAAAGAGGCAAUACUCCCACGCUGUCGCGUUGCGUCCAAAAUUUCAACGACCUCAAUUCCAUGGUCACGUGCCUCACCCUGAUCGCGAAGGAGCUGGGUCAACCGUUGACGCGGGACCAACACGAAGCCGGAAAGGCCGGAUCUGGCCAACGCCGUGACCCAGACGACCCCAGGUGUCACCUCUGCGGUCUGCCCCGGGAGGCCUCAGCACCCCAGGGUCUCCCAACGGCCUGUCGGUCGAGCGUCGCCGGCGAGCCAGUGGUAAUGCGAAGAAACAGCCUCAAAGUCUACCUAUGCAUGGCCUCCUCGUCGGCUUACCUCUCAAUGCGAGCUAAAAGGAACAAUUUCCUCUUGGAGAGUACUCUUUGGCGGUUAUGUGACCUUGCAGAGGAGUUGAAGAAGAUGAACAACUUCAGUUCAUUCCUCGCUGUGAUAUUGGGUUUGCAAAAUGCUCCCACACACCACGUUUCAAAGAAGCUCAAAUUGAAGCUCAACGAUUUCGGAGCUUACAUGUUGCCACCGAGUUUCAUCGCGUAUCGUCGAGACCUCGAGAACGCUCGGAUGCCCUGUCUGCCCUACCUGGGUCUGGUCUUCCAGCAGCUCAUUCACCUGGAUAGCGGCAACCCGCUCUUUCUGCCCUCGGUCGCGGACACCGAGGGCGAAGCGGUUCCAGCCAAUUGCAGUGGUCUUAUCACCGAGGAUGAAGCGGACGCCGACAAAGUCGUCAAUUUCUGGCGAUGCUGGAAGCACUACCUGAUUCUGGGCUACUUCAUGAAGCGAGCCGACACAGACAUGCUGGAGGAAGGCGAAAGGAGAUCCUACGGGUUCAAGCCAAACGCAGAGAUUCAAGGCUUCUUGAAUUCCUUCAAUUCUCCCACGAUGAAGCUGCUUCCACGACAGCAUGAUCCUGUUGGCGGAGCCAAAGUGAUGCCAUCGCGAUCGCAGCGCACAAAGUCUGUGAACCUUCCCUUAAAUUCCUGA